CUCAAUAUAGUCAUCCUCCACUUAUCUCACAUAAACAUGGCCAAAAGGAACCAUGUACUUCAGAAUCGACUCGUGCUUGUGCUUUUUCCCUCCAAACACUACUUUUGAGGCAAGAAGUUUGGUUUUCUCCUCAAAAGUUAUCUUUUUGGUGCAGUUUCAUCUCCAGAACUCAAUAACAACUCUCAUAUUGAACUUUUCAUCUCAAAAUCCAUAUUCCUUACAGCAAGAAUGGGUAACCCAUCAUCAAGAUUGCAUUUUUUGAUCAAAAGGUGUCCCAAUUUUUAUAGAAAACCCCAUUUCUUGCUUGGUUUAGCCAAAGAUGAAAAACCCAUUUUCAACACUGCAUUUUGCGAUCAGAAUGUGUCUCGGUCUCCUUUUUCUCAAACAAAGCAAUUUUCAGUUGGAGCAAACGAUACUUUUAGUGAUCCGAUCCCAGUUGUGGCUACUACUAGGUCACCGCUAGAUAGCUCUCCUACAAUUGAUGCAGGUUCUUCAAUUAGAAAGCCGAUCAGUUUGUGGCCAGGUAUGUACCAUUCGCCUGUGACAAAUGCAUUGUGGGAAGCAAGAUCAAGUAUUUUUGAGAGGUUUUCAGAUGCCACAAUUGAUCCUACUCCACAAAAUGAUUUGAUUGCUAAAACCCCAUCUAAGAGUAGGACUAGUGUUCUUUACAAAUUCUCUUCUGAUUAUGUGCUGAGAGAGCAGUAUAGGAACCCCUGGAAUGAGAUUAGGAUGGGGAAGUUGCUGGAAGACCUUGAUGCUUUGGCAGGAACUAUAUCCUUUAAGCAUUGUUCCAGUAAUGAUGGUACUACUAGGCCCUUGAUACUAGUUACUGCUUCUGUGGACAAGAUGCUUUUAAAGAAACCUAUUCGUGUUGAUACUGAUCUGAAAAUAGAGGGUGCUGUUACAUGGGUUGGUCGUUCAUCUAUGGAGAUUCAACUAGAAGUAAUGCAAUCUUCACCAGAAGCAUCCAGUACAUCGGAGUCAUUAGCUCUAACUGCAAACUUCACUUUUGUGGCCCGAGAUUCUAAGACCGGAAAAUCAGCUCCAAUUAAUCAGAUAUCUCCCAAAACUGAAACAGAAAAGCUUCUCUGGGAAGAAGCUGAAGAAAGAAACAAAAUGAGAAAGGUUAAAAGGGGAGAACGGAAGAAGGAAAUUCAGGGUGAGGAAGUGAAUAGGCUAAACGAAUUGUUGGCUGAGAGCCGAAUCUUUUGCGAUAUGCCUGCUUUAGCAGAUAGAGACAGCAUUUUAAUAAAAGAUACAUGUCUUCAGAACUCUUUGAUUUGCCAGCCACAGCAGCGAAAUAUCCAUGGUCGAAUCUUUGGAGGAUUCUUAAUGCGGAGAGCUUUUGAGCUGGCUUAUGCAACAGCUUAUGCAUUUGCAGGCAGUGCACCUUGCUUUGUGGAAGUUGAUCAUGUUGAUUUCUUGAAACCUGUUGAUGUUGGAAAUUUCCUCCGCCUCAAAUCAUGUGUUUUGUACACAGAACUAGAGAAUUUAUCUAAGCCUCUGAUCAAUGUAGAAGUGGUAGCUCAUGUCAUGAGACCUGAGUUGCGGUCUAGCGAGGUUUCAAACAAUUUCUAUUUCACUUUCACUGUCCAACAAGAUUCACUGAAAAAUGGUGCACGAGUUAGGAAUGUCGUCCCUGGUACAGAGGAAGAAGCACGUCGUGUGAUUGAACGGAUGGAUGCUGAAAAUUCAUGAAGUCUUAGUUCUUGACUAGCAUCAAUUGGCAGAUAAAGGACUGAGGAUACCUGAUUUUGGGUUUCAAACUCGAAGCAAAGCAAAGAUGUCACAGUUAUUUUAAGCAGAGAUACUUACUUAGCUGCUCUGCAAAACUAAAUUCUUAGGCAAAUUUUAAAGUUGUAUAUUCCAAAGCCUCUUAGAUUUGCAAGUACAGAGAACUUUAUGCUCUUUGUAUUAACAGGGUUCCUCUUCAAAAUUAUUAAUGUUGAACUCAACCAGCUGUUGUUUCA